GUUUGUGCUUGAGAGAUUUAUUUUUAUGGUGUUCUUGGUCUUGGGAAGGUGUCAUAAGACAAUCGUUGAAUGAAUAAGGUUGAACAUGGAGUGGUUACGCAUUACCCUUUUUGUUUCUGCAAUAUGUUCUGUUAGCAAUUCUAUAAUUGAAUCGCCUCAAAAAGAAGUAAACGGCUUUCUAGGCGUUGCUUUCCGCUACAAAUUGAUCUCCACUGAAAAAGGUUACCAUGAACUGCUCACUGAAGAUAAGAAAACUUUACCUAAGGAUACCUGGGUGAGGUUACAUUAUGGGCACAACGAAAUAUAUGGUUUGCCAUUGUAUGAGAAAGGGAAAUAUACGUAUUACAUCGCUUCGAAGGUGAAUGGACACAAAAGUACCAAGAAAAUUCCUAUUAUAAUACGAGAAUGGCGUGAUGAUUUUCUUCACGAAGUCAAACUCUGUACCAAUCUAACCAAUGAUUUGUUUUUGAACCAUCUAGAUAGGAGAUAUAUUUUAAUUGACAACAUAGCUAAAUAUCUUUUAAAUACUGACAUACAAAACGUCAAGGUGAGGCGAUAUAAAGAUGGCUGUUUUUGGUUCUCUUUUCUUCAUAUUGAAAAUGAGAAACGCUGUGAUUAUGAGAAAAUCGAUCAAAUACAAAAACAGAUGUUUGAUGGCGAAGAAAUAUCGCGUAAAUUUAUCAAAAAACUCUCAAACAUUGAAUUACUAUCUGCGAAUUUGAAUUUCACAGGCGGGUGCGUGAAGCCGACCGAGAAAGAAGAGAAAGAAAAUAUAGGAUGGGUAAAAACUGUUGCGCCUAUUAUGAUUCUUUUCGGUAUUAUUCUUAUCCCAGUUGCAAUAUCGUGUUAUGUUCUCCGAGGUGUUAGAAGACGACAAAACAAGAUGCGUCAACAAGAGGAGAAAAGACUGAAAGAAGAGUCGAUUCGUAUUCAGGAACAAAUGAAUGAAUACAAGCGAGCAUGUGGCUUGGAUGGUAGCUUUGAAACAGAAGCGGAUGCACAGUACGCAACCACUCCCAAGUGGAAUCAAGUAGUUCCCAGAAAUGAGAAGCGCAUGUUUCUUACCAACUUGCUUGAACGCUACACACCGCAGGGUAUUCAAAACAAACUCGAACUUUUGUCCCGUUCCAAAAAGACUCUCAACCCGAUCUCGAGAAUGCUUGAUAUUCGCACAAACACCAACGGUCUGACAAAUAACCGAAGAUUAAGAAAUAGUUUAAACAAUCAAGGAAGAGCGCAUGCGCUUACAUCGUACCUAAACAAUACAAAUAGGUAUGGAGACAAUUUGCCAGAAAACAUUGCCUCGAGCGCAGUAAAUUUGAGACGCUCUUCCACGAUGUAUUCACCUGUAUUGCCACUCCUAGAUUCAAAGAGAAAAUCGGUUUCAUUUUUCGAUAUAUCGGGUCCAAAUCGAUUCUCCGCGUUCGAAAGCGAUAAAAACAGUGCGUAUAGACGUUUUUCAGAAGAGACAAGGCGUAAACUUUCUUCUCAGUCUUGCACUGCUGUCGAUAAGUUAAAGUCAUAUGGAGAAGAUAAUAAUUUUCACUCGACACCUUUUCAAGCAGGUAGCACAAAUUUCGGCCAUUUAAAUUCAAGGUCAUGCCCCAGAAUCACGCCUCCUAAGAAAACUGUAAGUGUUGGUACGUCUACCGAGUCUACGGGAAUUCAUCGAUCAAGAAGUCAAAGUGUCAUUAAUUCUAUGAAAAACUUAGCUGCAACUGGAAAAGAUAUUGCCGCCAUUUUGAGAGAACGACGCCAAGCUCGUAAAAGGCAGAUGGCGGGAAACUUUCGCUAUGAUGUACCUAUCGGAACACAAGCAAACAAAAAAAAGUCUCAAUCACGAUUUUACAUUGGCGAUGAAAUGGAUGACAUAAAUAUGUACUAUGAUGAUUCAACAAUUUCUCAUGGAGUCUCAAAUGCUAUUUAUGAUAAAAAUUUCAACUCCGCAAGAAAUUUCGUUCCUCACAGUGAAAAAGAUAACAUGACCAGCUACACACAGAAUGCUUUUCGCAAACCUACUCGAAAAUAUAAAGAGUUGCCAUGGCAACAACAAGCACGUCUCGAGGGGCAUGUGUCAAGUCCCAGUGUAUCAUCAACGAUGAAUGACGAUCACCUUUAUUUGAAUCAACUAAAACCUGUUGACUACCAUGUGGACAAAGCAACAUCCCCAUCAGAAUUAAUAUACUCUCAACAUCCUUCCGAAAGUUAUACGGCUGGUUAUUAUGAAGAAGAUUUAAUACAUCCUGUACCUAAGCGAAUACAGUAUCCGGUAGAUAUGAAACUCGAGCAAACUUAUCAUCCUGCACAUAAGCCUUUCACCACACGAAGGAUAAAUGGCAACGCAGCAGAAAGAAGAAAAAGCUUCCGGAAGAGAAGAAAUAGUACCAGCAGAGCAGUUCUAAAAGAAAACGAUCCCAGUUGGAACGAUUUGGAUUUUGCCAUACGAGAUGGUUUUGGACAGCAUGAAGGAUAUCAAAUUGAGAAAGAAAAUCAAAAUCCUAGAUAUCCGGCGAUAAACCAACCCCAUUUGUUUAACGAUGCCCAACAUUAUGGACAUUCCCCGACUUUUCAAAUGGAUGAAAGAAGUUUUGGCAGUAUCAGCAGUGACAUCACCUACAUGGAUCUUGGUUCAGAGUACGAACUAAGUUUUGAACAAGAUUUUUCAGAUUAUCAUAAAAGAAGAAGAAGUUAUAGCAGUUUGGAUUUUCCAUUACAACAAUUUUCAAGAGGUACAUACGAAGAGAGGAAUGAAACACCUUAUAUCCACAAUAACUUUUUUCCAGACCAUACUGACACCUACACUACGUAUAGUAAAGGUAAUUCAUAUUUCACUCAACCAAAAAGCGUUUUCGCUCAAUCGAGAAAUGGGAUCGAUCAAUUCGUUUGAAAAGAAUCUAGUUUUAUUGAAAGGAACACUAUUUGCACUAGUCAGGUACAAAGCGAGAAACAAGCGAGCCUCUGACAUGUACACAUUGGCAUGAGACAAUGUCACAUUAACAGGAAUCAAGUUACGCAACCUUGAUCACAAGAUCUGUUUCUCUUCUUUUAUAUAUUUGACGACGCCAAGGCGUCCAUAAGCGCAGCGCAAGUAAUAGACGUAAAGCCAUGGGACGAGGUUGUCAAGUCGCGCAAAGAUAAACAAAAUAAAUUAAAGAAAGAAAUGAAAAAGUAAGGUAACGUUAUGGAAAUAAUUGAUGAAAGAUGAUGGAAGAUAUGUUCAAAAUCUAAACCUUAUUUUUCCAUUUAAGCCUAAAUGAGAAAUAUAUCCUUGCUUCAACAACAAAAACAUUUGAACUGUCGAAAGAUUAACUUAUUCCUGUCAACACUUUUUAAACCAAAAUAUUCACGAUUAACUAUGCUAAAAAACA